CUAGGCUCAGUUCGCCGCAGCUACCAGCGCGGCCGCGCGCCGCUCGCGUCAAUUCAUAAAAUAAAAAAAAAAACAAAAACAACCGCGUCUCGUGUGCGACCGAACCAACCACAACCCGUUCGAAAUUCAAGUGUCUAGUGCUUUUAUUAGUUCACAAACAUGAGGCGCAACGUCAAAAUCCUGUUCCUCCUAGGGGCUGUUUGGAUGUUUUUCCUAUUUUAUUUUAUGCAGCCCGACUCUACACAGUCUAAGGAGGAGAACAUAGCUCUUCGUCUGAUCAAGCAGCAUUCAGAUGUAGAAGAAGUGGAAAGUAGUCCGGCAUCCCCUGACGAUGCAUACGGCACCGGGGUGACUGCCAGGGCGUAUUUUGAUGAAGCGGGAUAUGUAUCCGGGGGAGCCAAGGAUAACGACCCUUAUGUCAGGAACCGGUUCAACCAGGCUGCUUCUGAUGGCCUGCCCAGCAACAGAGCCAUACCUGAUACAAGGAACGCUAUGUGCCGUUUGAAGAAGUACGACGAAGAUCUCCCCACGACGAGUGUCAUCAUCACAUUCCACAAUGAAGCGCGGUCUACACUACUGCGCACCAUUGUCAGCGUCCUGAACAGAAGCCCUGAGCAUUUAAUCAAGGAGAUUAUUUUAGUCGACGACUUCAGUGACAAUCCGGACGACGGCGCGGCGUUACGUUCCAUCCGCAAAGUGAAGGUGAUCCGAAACAACAAGCGCGAGGGUCUGAUGCGGUCCAGGGUGCGAGGAGCUGAUGCAGCAUCUGCCCCGGUACUGACCUUCCUGGACUCACACGUGGAGUGCAACGUGCACUGGCUCGAGCCGCUCCUGCAGAGGAUUAAAGAGGACCCAACGCGAGUGGUGUGUCCAGUGAUUGACGUUAUCAGCAUGGACACCUUCCAGUACAUCGGGGCUUCAGCAGACCUACGCGGAGGCUUCGACUGGAAUCUGGUGUUCAAGUGGGAGUACCUGUCACACGCGGAACGCAGCGCGCGUCUCAGCGACCCUACACAAGUCAUCAGGACGCCAAUGAUUGCUGGUGGUCUCUUCAGCAUGGAUCGGCAGUACUUCAACAAGCUCGGGAAGUACGAUAUGAGAAUGGACGUCUGGGGUGGAGAGAAUUUGGAAAUCUCUUUCAGGGUGUGGCAAUGCGGAGGUUCUCUAGAGAUCGUCCCCUGCUCUCGUGUGGGCCAUGUCUUCCGCAAGCGUCACCCGUAUACCUUCCCUGGAGGUUCCGGAGCAGUCUUCGCGAGGAAUACCAGACGAGCUGCUGAAGUUUGGAUGGAUGACUACAAGGAACUGUACUACAGGUCCCAGCCGUUGGCCAAGCAAGUUGAAUUUGGCGACAUAUCAGAACGAGUUACCCUCCGAGAGAAGCUCCACUGCAAGCCAUUCCGCUGGUACUUGGACCAUGUCUACCCUGAGUUGCAAGUGCCGACCAUGUCAGGUGGAGCGAGCCAUGCUAUCAGGCAGGGUACUAGGUGCCUUGACACUAUGGGGCACCUUGUUGACGGCACUUUAGGAAUGUAUCCUUGCCACAAUACGGGGGGUAACCAGGAGUGGCGGUACGACAAGGGCCUUCUUAGACACCACAGUCUAUGCAUCACUCUAUCAGCUGACGACCGUGUCACAGCAGUUCUUACUGCCUGUGACGCUUCGGAUGACGCUCAGCUCUGGAGGCGGAAAGGCUUAAUGCUCAGACAUGCCAAACUAGAUGCGUGUCUCGACUCAGAUAGACCUGCGCUCUACUUAGAACAAUGUGACGAAGACAAACCCAGUCAACAAUUCACGUUCUAAUUUAAAAAAAGACUUCAAGAAAUUGUGGACUUCAAAGUCAAAUGUCUGUGUGAAUGUGGUUUCUCGUGAAGCUAACAACGAUUAUUUCGUUCUGAUUGUCUCUCAAACGAACAAAGCUCAACGAUUCAACGAUUGUCAUAUCUAAACCAUCGACGUAUCAAAGUAGCUACUUUUUUUGCUACUUAAGUUUUUAAACAAUAGUCUUUCCGAAUUAAUGAGUAAACUGUUUAGUUAAGUACCUAGCGUGACGUACAAUUCCCAAAUUGAUAAUGAAUAGAUAAUUUGAGAAUUGCACAUUUUGCUAUUUUGCUACUAAAUGACUGCAUAGAAGUCAAAAGUUGCAUUUCUUAAAAAUAUCUAGAAAAAAGUUCAAUUAUGAAAAUAAGUAACUACUUACAAAUAACUUUUAUGUUUCUCGAUAGCUUUUGUUUUUAGAUAAACUGACUUCCCGUUCUCAUUUUGAAAUGAAUAUUUACUUAAGUAAGUACUUAACUAAAAUUUAGUAAGUUCUUAAUUUAAGUUGAAAUUAAAACAUUCCAUGUCUAAAAUCGAUGGCAUUUGACCUAUAAAUAUUAUUUUUUCGAAUGUCCCUAUUUUAUAGAUACAAUAUUCACAGAUUUUCAAUCUGUUGAAGCAAUGUACUAACUAAUACCUAAACAUUGUUAGUGUACAAUUAUUCAUGUAAUAUAUAAUAAUAACAGUAAUAUAGUUACCAUAAAUUACUUGUAAUUCGCUUAAGUGCCGGGAAAGUGGAAUGUGGAUAUAUUUAGGAGAUCUUAGGAAAAUGACAGGCUUUAAACUAGCUAGGUUACAUUCUAUAAAAAUAUAUACGUAUAACUGUCCUAUACUUAGAAGAUAGAAGGGAAUUCUUAAUCUUAUCGAUGCGUGGUGGAAUUAAGGCGAUGAAAAGGAUUACUAUUCGUCAAAUAUAUUUUGGAUUUUAAAGUCAUCGUCGACAUCCUUCCUUAGAUCCUUAAAAAAAAACAAAGCAUACAUAAAAGUGUCAUCUGAUUGGAUUGAGUCGAUUCUAUGUCGGUAAGUCUGAGCAUUCCCUUAUUUUUCUCUCUUGUAACUAUUUUAUUUCAUAAUUUUUUCGGAGUGAAUUUUCUUUUCUAUAUUUUAAUAAAGUUAUCUUUGAUUUAGUUAUAUAGUUUGCUUUUAGCUCGAACAUAAUUUAUCUUCUUAAAUGUGAUUAAUUAUUUUAGUAUUUUCUAUGAAAGUAGUUUUAUUUGACUAACAUCUGAAAUUGGGAAAAAAUAGCGUCCAUUUUUUUUAAGUUAGAUUAUUUUUAUAAAAUACUCGCUAUGUUUAUAUUUAUACAAAAUAAUUUUAUUUACAAUGUUAUUUUGAAAUUCUCAAAAGUAUUAAUUUUUGUAAAUAAUUACUUAAGUAUAUUGAUAUCUUACUGCGUUUGUUUAAUAUAAUUAUUAUUUUUAAGUAAAUCGAAUCUUUGUUCUCAAUAUUAUCAAGUUAAGGUUUUUUAUUAUUAUUUUCAAUUAAACCUCGAAUAUAUAGGUAUGUCAUGAUUUUUUUAAAUUAAAUAUAAUAUCAGUGUACAGAUUUUAGACCUAAAUCAAUAAUACUUUGUAAUCAAUCACCGUAAAAAAUCAAAUAAUCUCAACAACCAACCACGAAAGAGAACGAUGGCGUGAUUGAUCAUAUAUCUUCCAUCAUCACAAUUUAUUUAUUAGGAUAGUAAUAGAAUGGUACAUAUACAAGUAUAAACCACUGCCGUUAACAUUACCUACUAAUAAUUAUAGUUCACCCUUAUCUCAUGUGAUUGUGCCUCAAAUUGUCAAUUUCCCAGUCUUCUUUGGGUAUUAACAAAAGAAAAAUUCGGGUCAACACACAUUCUACUCACACACUACUUCUAUUAGUCCGAAAUGCAUCAUGCCACGCACCCUUCAGACAUAGCAUUGUCCCGCAUAUCUCGCGCGAUGCGACAAAUGCCUUCUUUACUUAUUACUCUAUUGUCUACGUGGCAAAUAAACCAAUUCAGUUAGCAGUUUAUCGCGUCUCACGCGAUAUGCGGAUGCGUUACCAUACAUGUGGUGUAACCGCAUUAAAUAUAAAAUGUCAAUGUGUGUAGUCCCUACGGCAAAACGUAAUAACUCCAAUGUACUUAUGAAUAAUAAACAUAUUUGUGGCCUAUCGUAGUUCCCUGUAACUUUAAAAUAGAUAAUUUUGAACCUUAUAACAUUCCUAGUAUAAAAUAUUUGCACCUAGAUAAAGAUAGGUUAUAAAACUGUACUUAUGACUAUCAGUAAAUAAUUGUAUAGUGUAGAAUAUCGUAAAAUGAAUACUGUAAUAUCGACUUUGCUCAUGUAUAAGGGGCGUAUAUCAUAAAACUCAAAGAGCCAGCAGAAGUUUAUUAACAAUUGGUGAAUCUGGUACAUUUUACUACAGUUUUAUGAUAUAAGUUCGUGAAUGGAAAUCUCUAGCGCAAUUUUUUAUUAAAAUUACGCUCUUAAAUAAAUGCGUUAUGUAACUAUCAAGUGCACUGUUCAAACUAAAAAGUUGCACCUAGGAAGCACAUAGUACCUACCUAGAAUUAAAUCAAAAAUUCUUAAAAAUAUUUUUUGUGAAAUUGUUUUCGUAAUUCUUAUAACUUGUUUAUAAGCUCCAUACAAAAAAAAACAGCAUUUUACGUCGGUUUAAAACUACUAAAUUAAAAUACCUUUUUAUCGGUAACCCGAGAUAGGUCUCUAUUGGCGACUUACCGAUAA